UUCCAACAAUGCGAUCACUGUCUCGUUCCGCGCUGCGAUUAUACAUUUGCCCGUCAUGCAGGCGUGACCUGCAGUUGGGGAGGCGAGGGUUCUCUUCAUCUUCUAAACUUCUUCAACGUCCAGAUAUCUAUGACAUUGUUUGUGUCGGCGGAGGACCAGCAGGUUUGGGCCUUGUGGCAGCUUUGCGAUCCUCUCCAAUAACCUCGAAGCUUAGAAUUGCUCUAAUCGAAAGCCAGGAUCUGUUGAAAUCCAGAUCUUGGAAUUUAGAACCCACGCAGUUCUCCAACCGCGUAAGCAGCCUCACUUCCUCCUCUGUGUCAUUCCUCAAGGACAUUGGAGCAUGGGAACAUGUGGAUGUUGCGCGAGUGCAGCCAUACCAGGAGAUGAGAGUUUGGGACGGAGAAACGGGUGCUAGUAUAUCAUUUGACUGGUCCCUCGAACCUCAGUCAACACAAAUGCAAACUAUCGCGACAAUGACGGAGAAUUUGAAUUUGACCCGCGGCCUAAUCGCAUGUAUAGAGUCAUCUGGGGGUGAGGUGUCCAUUUUCUCUAAUACAUCAGUGUCUGAAAUUACCAAUGGGGAAGAUUACACCGAUGGCCCGGACCUUUCCUCCUGGCCUGUUCUGACCCUCAAACAUACCUCCCCAAAUUCAAACUUUCCCCAGCCACCUGCCAUUGCUGCUCGCCUCCUUGUAGGUGCAGAUGGGAUAAAUAGCCCAGUCCGAUCAUAUGCAGGUAUAUCGACUGAUGGCUGGGACUACGACCGCCAUGGCGUUGUGGCUACUUUGAACAUUUCCCCGCCCAGCCAAACACCUGGCCCACCUCUCCGGACCGCGUAUCAACGCUUCCUUCCUGGACUGGGAGGCCCAAUCGCCUUACUCCCACUCCCCGGCAACCACGCUACCCUAGUUUGGUCUACUACCGUGAGAAAUGCAGCGUAUCUUAAAUCCCUUCCCGCAGAGGCAUUAAUAGCUAUGGUGAACGCUGCUUUCCGCUUGUCCAUGAUAGACCUAAAAUACAUGUUCACCCUCCCUCCUUCUCCCACGGCGGCGUUACCAACAGACUCUGUGCGUUCGGACCCCCUUUCGACAACCUUAUCAACCGAACACAGCGAUGAACUCUCCUGGCGACUCGAAAACACCGCUAUCCCACCUUACGCCCCACCAACUGUCACAUCUGUCCAACCUGGAACUGUAGCCUCCUUCCCCCUUCGCCAUCGUCACGCAUCAACCUAUAUCUCUCCCCGCAUCGCCUUAGUCGGGGAUGCGGCGCACGUCAUCCAUCCGCUAGGGGGCCAGGGCUUAAAUCUUGGGCUGGGCGAUGUAGCCUCGCUCUUCCGCACAAUUGAAUACUCAAUUCGCCACGGCAUGGACAUUGGCGACCUGCUCAGCUUGGAGCGGUACGCUGCUGAGAGAUACCUCGUCAAUGCUAAAAUUGGUGGAGCGUGUGAUUUGCUGCAUAAAGCUUAUAACGUACCAGGUAACGGGCCGGUAGCAUGGGGGAGGAGUUUCGGGUUAAACAUGGUUGACCGUCUGCCCAUGUUGAAAGGUUUUAUGAUGAAGAUUGCAGCUGGCACUUAGAUGCCCAUGCAGAUGAAUUCUUCCACUGUCGCUAGGCAGUGGACUCUGGUGCUUUCUAUUGUAUUUAUAUUUCAUCCCAUAAAAUAAACAAUUGCGAGAGGUUAUUCUUAGUCAUUUAGAAAUAUUGAUCUCCUUAUAUGUGCGUUAUAUGUCACAAACAUUGCAAUUAUUUUCGAAAGUCCACUGCUGCGAUUGCGCUCAGAAGCGAAAAAGAGGGUGGGUGGGUUUCUGUUGAGGAACAUCUUUAUAAACUGAGGGAUCCGAGAUGAUAACCCUAACAUGGAGAACAAAAGACGCACAUGGAUGUAUGUCCCAAACAAUAAGAGACCUGAAUCCAAUUUAAAGCGUAGGGGAUGGAAGAGCGAAAAAAGCGCCACUUGCCUUCCUCCCCAACUCCUAUCUCAAGAC